CUGGUCAAGCGGCCCAGCCCAGCCCACCCAAAACCAUCCACAAACCACGAUGCUCAGUCGCAUCGCCGCAAUGCGGCCGCCGCCGCGCGCGGUUGCGGCGGCGCUCGUCGGCGGGGCCGACGCCGGCUACUCCUCCAAGUCCACCUCCCUUCCCCAGAAGCAGCAGCGCGUCCGCGACCACGCCUUCGACGGCAUCAUGGAGGUGCAGAAGCGCGUCCGCCGCUUCCUCGCGCUCCACGCGCUGCUCCUCUACGCCGCCACCCCCACCGCGCCCUCGGGCGCCUUCUCCGCCGGGGGCAGCGGCGCGGUCUCCGUGCCCUUCUCCCGCCUCGGCGCCCUCUCGCGCCGCCAGCUCCGCCUCGCGCCCCUCGACGCCGGCAACUUCAUGCUGCGCCACCCGCACGCCUUCCACCUCUUCCUCCACCCCGUCCACCGCAUCCUCCACGUGCGCCUCACCCCGCGCGCCUCCGCCGCGCUGCGCCUCGAGGCCGACGCCAUCGCCUCCCUGCGCCCCGGCGCCGUCCUCCGCCUCCGCAAGCUGCUCCUCCUCGCGCCCCCGCACCACCGCCUCCGCCUAGAGCACAUCCGUCUCCUCCGCCGCGACUUCGGCCUCCCCGACGACUUCGCCGACUCCAUCAUCCUGUCCAAUCCCGCUCUGUUCCGCCUCACGCCUGACGGGUUCGUCGAGUUUGUGCCCUCCCCUGACGACCCACCCGACCUCACCGUCGCCGCGGUCGAGCGCUCCCGGGAGCGCCACUACCGCGAGCACCGCGCUCCCGGCGCCGGCGAGGAGGACGCGCGCUUCGCGUUCCCCACCCGCUUUCCGCCGGGCUUUAAGAUUGGCAAGUAUUUCCGCAUUGCAGUUUGGAAGUGGCAGCGCCUCCCCUACGCUUCCCCGUAUGCGGACGUCUCUGGCCACGACCUGCGCUCACUUGAGGCACAACGCCGCAUGGAGAAGCGUGCUGUCGCUGCUGUCCAUGAGCUGCUCUCUCUCACUGUCGACAAGCGUACCACGCUAGAGCGUCUCGCGCUCUUCCGCGACGCCCUUGGCGUGCCAAAGAAGAUUAAAGAGUUCUUGCUUAAGUACCAGGGGAUAUUUUACAUAUCAACAAGAGGAAACCAGGGGAAGCUGCACACUGUGUUCCUCCGGGAGGCCUACUAUAAAGGGGAGCUUUUAGAUUCCAAUGAGAUACAUGACGCAAGGCGGAAGCUGGAGGAGCUGCUCUUGAUGAGCCGAGAGAAGGCGAAUUUGGAUCGUAUGUUCACCAGCAUGGGUCGUGGAUGGGAUGAGCUUGGUGGUGGUCGUCGUGGUGGAGCAGAAUUGAGGGAGAAGUUUCUUGGGGAUGCAGGUGGCAGAAAGAGGAAAGUUGGUGCUGACGAUGAGGACGAUGGUGCCGAUAGUGGGGAGGACUCGGGAGUUGAAUCACUCUACAUCGACUGAGGAACAGAAUCAUACAACGACACUGAAUGUCAUAUAGUGAAGCCUGAGUUCUGAAUCUGGCAUGGGAACCAUAUUGGAAGAUUGAUUUAUCAUGCUAGCAUCUACACCAUGGUGUAGUGAUCUUGAUCGAUAAGAGAGUGUUAUAUUCUGAGGUGAAAAUUUGAGUGAGAGGUCUUAUCCUAAACUUGCGGACACUAUGAAUUGGGGAAGUUAUCACCCUCAAUGCUGCCAUGCAUCUGCACUAGAAUGGUUGAUGGAAUCUUCAUUUGCUCAGCAUUAUGUGAAGGGACAAAGACACAAGCAAGAGAACUCCUUUCUGCCCCCAAGCUAAUUUGAUCAGUGUCAUUUGACUUGUGAGUACUCUGGAUCUAUUUCAUUCAUUUCUCCCAUGGAAAACUGUUUGUGUUACGGAUGGAAUAUCACCAUAGCAACGUCCUGUCAUUCAGUUCUAUGUUUUGCAACAUAUUGUAACCAAACAAUUGAUACUGUAAUCGGUUAGACGACCUGCAAAUAAAAUCAGAAAUGCUAUUUUUUC